AUGGGGGAGAGGGGAAAGUUGUACGUCAGCCUUUCCCAUCCUGGCGCCCUCCAGUCUCCUCCAGGAAUUGUUCAGGAGGCCAUCGCAGUGGCUGUCAAAAAUGGCUACCGGCUCAUCGACUGUGCUUUUUUUUAUGACAAUGAGGGGGCAAUUGGUGAGGGUCUCCAGAAGGUGCUGAAGGAAGGCUGUGUGAAGAGAGAGGAGCUGUUUAUUAUUAGCAAGCUGUGGAAUAGCUUCCAUGCUCCUGAAGAUGUGAAAACAGCCCUCUUGGAAACCCUACGGCUGUUACAACUGGAUUAUCUGGAUCUGUACCUAAUGCAUUCUCCAAUGGGCAUCAAGAAUGUCAAGGGAAAUCUCUUGCCACAGAAGGAUGGGAAAGUCCUAAUGUGUGAUGUUGAUUACGUGGACACAUGGAAGCAGAGCUGUUGGUGCAUCGUUGAGUUUGGGGUCCCCGUGCAGGGCAAGAUCGACUCCUGCAGCACCGCCCUUUCUUCCUGCGCUGUCCCCGACUCCCCGUUUCUCAGCACGCUGCGAGGAGUCUGUCCUGGCAAGCGCAUCAGGCCAGCCAACUGCUUUUCAGCUUGUGGGGCUUCACUUUUCUUACAGGCGAUGGAAAAGCUGGUGGAUGACGGACUAGUCCGGGGCAUCGGGAUGGCCAACUUUAACCAGAGCCAGGUGGAGAGGCUGCUUUCUGUGGCAAGAGUGAAGCCUGAUGUCCUCCAGGUGGAACGUCACGUCUACCAGACCCAGUGCCAGCUGAUUCCAUUCACCAGGUCCAAGGGCAUGGCCCUCAUCGGAUACAGCCCCUUGACAUCGCCAAAGCGCCCCUUCCCUCCAGGCAAACUGGAUCCUAAAAAUGCCAUGGAGGACCCUUUGGUGAAGGAGAUCGCUAAGAAGCACGGGAAAUCGCCUGCACAGGUUCUGAUCCGUUUCAAUCUUCAAUCUGACAUAGCCACUAUUCCAAAGAGCCAGACACCUGCUCACAUCAUUGAGAAUUCAAAGGUUUUUGAUUUCAGACUGACUGAUGAAGAGAUGAAAAAGCUGGAAUCCCUCCACUGUGGAGCACGAGCUGUGGCCUGGGAUAUCUUGGGGAUGGGCUGCCAUAAGUUCUACCCUUUCAGCAAGGAUCAGUGA